AUGCGCUCCCUUAUACUGCUCUUCUUGCCUUUAUUGGCCCCAGAAAGCGAAUGUGACCUCCUUCGGGACAGUGUCCACGUGACGUCAGCAGCAGCCAGACCUAACAAUGAGCUGUGGUGCUACAAGUGCCUGGCAGAGGUGCCAGACGACCGCUGUGCUGACCUACGACACAACAACUCCGCACUCAUACACAAGUGCCACAAUGAUCGCAGGAUGUGCAUGGUGAAAAGAUUCUCGUUCACGACGUCAACUGAGAAUUCGACGACGCUGCCAAAAAUGUGGGCGUUGGAACGCAACUGUACGAAACACUGCGAGCCGGGGUGCAUCGUCAUCGGGGAGCGCACGAAACUCUACGCCUGUACCUCAUGCUGCACCACUUCCCUCUGCAACUACGGCUCAGGCGCAGAAGAAAUGCACCUACUAGACCUUCUGAUUAUCACUUCAGUCGCCGUAUUCCUAGUCUUAUGA